CAGUGAAUCAUGUGGCUCGCGCUGUAUCGGACCUCCGCGAGGCGCUGAUCACGAGAGGAAUGGGCAUACUAUACACGUCGCUGGAUGCGCAAAAAUCUCUUGAAAAUGCCUACAUUUUCGGUCAUGUACAAGGGAGCCGUCAUGAUUAGCAGGACACUGAUGGGUCCAUAUGGAGUAGAUCGAGCAGUGCAUUCUAUGGAGUUUACAGACUGUGAGAAUGGAUUAGGAAUCAAAGUGAUCGGUGGUGUGAAAGAACUAACAGGAGAGGAAUAUGGCGUUUAUGUGAAGAGGAUCUUACCUGGUGGCCUUGCUUCCAGUGAUGGAAACCUGCAGCCUGGAGACCAGAUCUUAGAGGUGAAUGGUGAGAGCUUGAUUGGCGUGACAAGUGAACGAGCGGUGGACAUUCUUAGAGCAGCAUCCUCAACCAAUCACAUGUGCCUUCUCAUAGCCAGAGAUGAGGAAGCCAGGCAAGAAUUUGCAGAGCUCCUUGAAAAAUACGGCUCAAACGGCAGCACAGGAUCUACCAGGAAUUCACCCAUUCAGCAUACAGGCAGAUACUUGGACAGCACAUCAUCAGGGUCUUCAUCCAGAUCUCAAAGUCCUCUGUUGCUUAGUCCUGCUGGCUCUCAGAGUAACUACAACAACACAGGACCCUUGCUACGCUCCCUAAGUCACCCAGGUGAAGGUGUGAUUCAGCUGAUAUCAGUCGCUCACUCCUGCAGUCUGGGUAUUACCAUCGGCGGUGGCUCCAACAGACCUGAUGGCCCUGCAGUUUUUAUCCAGGAAGUGCUGUCUGGAGGAGAUUGUCAUCGGGAUGGACGGCUCAGACCCGGAGAUCAGCUUAUCACCAUUAACAAGGAGUCAUUGAUAGGAGUCACAUAUGAGGAGGCCAAAAGUGUGCUCAACAAAGUCAAAUUCAGUCAAGAACCAGUGGUGGAUAUUGCCUUCAUCCCAGGAAAAGGACCUUUCUCCAACAGCGCAUCAUUGCAUAAUGGAGUCCAGAGGGGGGUUGGGAACGGAUGCAACUCUAGCCGGUUAAAGGUUCAUGUCCGAUCUCCUGAGAUGCGACGAGAGGAAACAGCUCCAGUGCUUUCAUCCUCCCCGGAUAUCUGUCCUCCAAACAUACAGGUUUCAGCCUCCACCGCACAGAGACAAGCCACUGUUUCCAAACCCAAGAUCUCGCUGGACCCCCACAUACGGCUCAAAUCAGAGAAGCUCGAUCUGGCUCUGUCGUACCUGGGUUUGGAUAUAACAGAUGAGAAGAGACGGCAGCUCAGAGAGAGUCUCACUACAGACCCUCAGGGAACUGUGUCGUAUGGAGACUUUGUGGAAGCCACCCGCAGCGUUUAUCAGGAGAAGCUGGAAGAGGCGGGACUGGGACAGGGUCCCUUCAUGUUCUCCUAUCAGGAAGCAGCUAGUUUGAUGGACACCUCUGCCUUUCAUUCCCCAACCUGUGAGUCAGAGUGCAGCUACAGCAGUGAGGAACUGGAGGAGUUUCAGACUGAAGUCAAACAACUUCAGCUGCAAAUGAAACAACUUAAGGUGUUACUGAAAGACACAGAAGACAGUAAGAAGACUCUGGAGGAGGAACUGCAGAAGACGGCUGAGAAGGCCACAGCCACAGUGGAGGAGAACAAGUCUCUGAAAAGUAAGCUGCAGGUAGCAGAGGCUGUUCAGAAACAGACCAACAGCGCUGAACAAGACUACGAGGAGGUCAUUCAGCUCCUGGAGGCUGAAAUCAAAGAUCUGAAGAACCAGCUUGCCGGAAAGAAACAGAGAGGCCUGGAGGCUACUAAGGAGAAUGUGAUGGAGCUGAACAGGAGGCUCGCCAUCAUUGACAGCCAGUUGAGAAGGUCUGAACUCACACGGAAACACCUGGAGAUAUCCAACAAGAAGCUCCUUGGCUUUGCACAGAAUGUCCACAAAGUUCUCACCAAUGCCAGCUUAUUUGGGAUUGAAAGUGGGUGCGCACAAGCGUCUCCAGCGACUGACAGCCCCGACACACCCUCCCCGAUCCCAGACCCUGCCUGCCAGCUCGCAGCUGAGGCCAAAGAGCUCGUAGAUGGUGUCAGCUCACUUUGCACUGAGGAUCACAGUAACCUCACUCAAUGGCCACAACCUCCUGUCCUCAGGACUGCAGUAGAGCGGCGAGGUCAGUAGAGCGUCUGGGAUGGACAGACAAACCGGGCUCAUUCAGAACAUCAAGGUCGAACUGCACCUAUACUGUGGAACAUAAGAGACUGUGAAGAUUUGCAGUGUGGUUUGUACUCUUUCAAGUGGCUACCAGAGGCCUGAGCUCUACUGAUCAAACUCAUACUCAUUUUUUAAAGCUGACCGUGUACAUAUUUAACAUGUAGCAGAACUCAGUGUCAUAACAUAAAGGCAGAAACCAACCAAGGGAAUUGAAAUCCGAAACACAAAUGGCACCAUUAACAGCAGCGGUGACUUUGAAAUGCUCAAAUGUGACUUCAACUGUGUCAGCAUGUGCCGUGCGUAACACUUAUAGCAGAUGAAGCAGUUACCACACACAGUUCUCAUUCAGACGGUAUAUUUCCCCAUUUCAACAACUGUAAUGAAAACACAUGUGACUGUACAGCUGACCUCUCUAUUAGAGUUAGGUAUAUUAUACAGUACAUGUAUUAGAUUUCACUUGGGGAUCUUCGGGACAGUCCCCACUCUUCAUCAUUUGAUAUGAUGCUUAUUUGUAUCUGUUCUGAGAAGUGCUAUGACGUUUUGAAGAUUUUAUAUUUUCAGUCCGAAUCUUUUAUUAUUCAGAGACACAUAGACACGCUCGCUUCUAAGUAUGUGCGCAGUUGCCGUCAUAAACCUUGUAAAUCUUGCCGUCAAACCCUUUGAUUUCCUCUUCAUGUCUGCCGAUCAUGUCAGUCUACGCUGGGUCACCCAGUCUCCACUGCAUUACGAUCAGGUAUGGUCUAUUAAGUGCUUUGGGGGGAUCCUUCAUGGUUUGUUUCGCUGAUGGACGGUAACUUUGCUCCAUCUCGGGACUAUGAUUCUGUUUGGGAGGUGGGGGUGUACUGUCGUCAUGGCACUGGUAUCAAGUAAUGGGAGUCAUAUUGCAGUGUUCCACCCUGAAUGCAUCCAUUCAGCUGAACAAUGCACAUGGAUCGGGUUACUGUUUUCAUAAGCACACUGUAUUCGGCUGUUUUGUCUUGCCAUAUAGGAUCUACAGUCACUUAUAUCAAUGUGUAAUAAACUGGUACCAUUCAUUUCCUGAGGAUAGAGGUGUACGGUUAUGCAGAUGGUUUGUUGAUCUUAAUAACAGCACAUGCUCUACAAAUGCUGACAUGUAGUCCUGUGAUUCAACUAGAUUGCAUCAUAUGUGUGGCCUAAAUAUCUUUCUUUUGUUUUUAUUAAAGUCUGAACAAAUGUGAUGUGUUUUUGUAUUAUAUGCAGUGGACUUCAGUACAAUAUAGACUUUAAAAAUACGAGGAUUUGGCUGUUAUUUUCAAAUCCAGGUCAACAGACAGACACGCUCAUGCUUACGUGUCUGCAGGAAUAGUAGUGUAUGCGUGCCAGUCUACAUUGCUGAGCCAAAGCUGGCUCAUCGUACAAUAUUUAAAACAUUUAUUUGGCUACCAAGAGCUGCAUGCUGACACAAUUUUAAUGCUUGUGUAAUCUGCAACAGCUUGUGUGGGUCUUUUUUUCUUCCUA